UUCAAGGGCUUUUUAUAACUUGACAUUGGCAUUUGUACUUGGUUGUGUAUUUAAAGCAGGUUGUUUUGCAUGAACAGUCAACAUCAAUCAGCCUUUACUGCUUUGAAGUUAAGAACAUUGGAUAAUUACACUGAUAUGCAAAAUAUUCUUGUUUUAUAACACUCAUUGUAUUUCAUAAAGUUAGACAAGAAAACUGUGAUAACACAACUUUUUAAUUUGACAUCUUGCAGUUCACAAUACCUAAAGAAAAUGGCAACUUCUUCUUCUCAAGGUUCAAUUAAUGAAAGUUCUGAUUUUGUGAAGGACUAUUUAUGUGUUGUGUGCGAAAGUAAACAUAUCCAAGCAAGUGCUGAAUUUUUCUGUGAAAUUUGUUUGAAGUGUUUUUGCGAAAAAUGCGUUUAUCAUCAUGAUCAAAUAUUUGUAAACCAUUCGACAUAUGGGAGAGGCGAAGCAAAUAAAUGGCCUCUUGCAAAGGAAAUCGAGGAUUUGCUACUAAAAUGUGAUAUUCACAACAGCAAGGAACUGAAAAUGUUCUGCCAGGACCACAGUCAGCUGUGCUGCUCUGCUUGUGUUUUACUCAAUCACAGACAGUGUACCAAUUUGGCUCUAAUUUCUGAAUCAGCCAAAAAGCUGUCAGUGGAUAUGAAGCAGUUGUCAAGCAAAAUUCAAACAAUUAUUGCUGAACUAAAUAAGUUUAAGACCUUACAAGAGGCCAGCAUUGUGUCCGUGGAGGGAUCAUAUAGUGAAAAACUUCUAGAAAUCAGAGAGCUGCGUAAGAAAUUAUAUGCUGCUUUGAAUGAACUAGAAAAUACAACUUUGAAAGAACUAGAUGAAAUACGGACAAAACUGAAAACCUCUCUCAAGAAAGAUGUUGACAACUGCAGCAGACUGAAGGAUGAACUUCAACAGUUAGGCGAAGCUGUACAGGGCCUUUGUGAUACGAGCAAGAAAGACGUUGAGUUCAUAGCCAGCAGAAAAUGUCAGGAGAAAAUACAAGAAUCUGAGACAUUUCUGAAGGAGAACCCUUUGAAGGUGCUGAGUGCAAUUAUUUUCCAGGGGAACACUGACAUUGAGCAAUACUUGUCACAGCAGUCAAGUUUAGGGAUGAUUGUAGAAAGUAAUCCAGAUCAGGUGUUGUCUGUGAAGAGGGAGUCCCAGUAUAAUGUGAAAAUAUCAAGUGACACAGAUAUGCAGUGCUUAAUUGUUGGCAUUUGCAGCCUUCCUAGUGGUCAGGUCAUUGUUGCAGAUUCCUUUAAUAAUAAAGUGAAAAUGUUUGACCAGCAUUACAAUGUUUCCAGUUACUGUGAUAUGUCUGGUUUUCUAAAUGACAUGUGCCUUAUUACAUCCAGUGAAGUCGCUGUGACUCUUGAUGCUGGUGUGCAGUUUAUGUCUGUUAGCAAUCGGCAGCUGGUGAAAGGGAGGACGUUACAGUUUCCACAUGUGGCUGUUGGGAUUGCCCACCGUCAGGGAGCAUUGUAUAUCACCUCCUAUAAUGCUCUCUACCACUACACCCUGACUGGAAUACUUGUGAAAAAGCUUUAUGAGGAUACAGGAACUGGCACUAAAGUGCACAAAUGUGCAUUGAGUCCAUUUGGUGACCGGAUUUAUGUCACCAACCUAUCAGAGAACAAGCUCCUUACACUGGCAGCAGAUGGCAGCCUGAUUUCCACCUUCACUGACCCUGAACUGAUAAGCCCAUGUGGGGUACAUGUCACACCUGCAGGGCAAAUUAUUGUUUGUGGAUGUACCUCCAAUACAGUCAUUCAGGUGGAUUGUGAGGGGAGAAAGAAACUGGCUUCACUGAAAGAUGGAUUGAUAAACCCAGAGUCUAUCUGCUGCAACAACAAUCACCAGAUCAUUGUGGGACAAUAUGCUAACAUAUGUGUUUUGGAAUUUCAAUAGCUUUUCAAGUGGAAAAAAUAAACAUCAAUAUAAACAAGGUUAAUAAUGUAAUUUCUAUUUUUCUUUCAUUGCACAUUUAGUCCUAGAAGUUUAGAUCUAGGUCAGGAAUUGAACAUAGUCAAAGAGUUUAUCUUUUAUUACUAACAAUUUAAGAAACUUUAUGUUUAAAAUGAUAUGUUUUAAACUAUUGCGCCUAACAUUGUAAAACUUAAAUUAAGCAUGUAUGACAACUGUCUGUGUUGAUGCUAAUUAGUUCUUUUGUCGGGUGUUGUUUGCCACCAGGCCAAUGUUAUAAACUAUAUAUGUUCACUGUAGUAUGUUAAGGAGUUAUUGAGAUCUAUAAAUAUAUUUGAUUAUUUAUAUAUUCUCAUAUAUAGUUUUCAUUAUCCUUAAACAAUUAUUGAGAAAAAAAUAAAUUUUUGUCAUUUGUGGUUAUUUUUUUAUUAAAACUUUUGGUAUUAGGAAUUUAUGUCAUUUUCAGAUUUUGCCUUUGAUAAGCUAUUGGAGUCAUAAUUCAACAAAACUAUUCUUGUAUACAAACAAUACUCUCAAAUUCAAUAAAAUUUUACAAUUUGUUGGAAGCCUUUUUUUUUAACAAUUAAACUACUUUUUUACUUCUUUUACUUUGUUGUAAAAAUGCAGACAAACUAAAUAUUGCUUGUGGUGUUUGGUAAUACUAAACUUUUGUAAAAUAUAUAUGGUUAUUGCUGAUAAAAUAUGUGCAAAAAUACUUAUUUAGUGUAAAAUAACUUUCUUUAAAAAAUAUGUACACUAUGGUUAAAUGGUGGCUGAGGCUAUGAAUUAAUACAAUUAAAACCCCCAAAAUGUAUUUUCAUUAUAAUAAAAUUUGUUUAAAAAUUAUAAAAUGUAUUACCUCUUCCUUUUAAAUUAUUAUUGAAUUUGAUUUUGUUUAGUUUUAAUCAAUGUUUGUUGUAAAAAAUAUUAUAAUGGUACAAGUAUUUUGUAGACUUUCUUGUAAUUAAGCCCCAAAAUAUGACUGGAGAAAAAAUAAUGUAUUGCAACCUUUCCGUUUCUUCUCUGUUUCAUGCUGUUAUGGUUGUCUUUUCUGUUAUAAAAUUUCAAGUAUAUUUGUUAGUUUCACACAGCAAAUAACAUAUAUAUAUAUAU